AUGGCUGCGAGAGUCUUGCUGCAGCGUCGCGCUUUGGCGACCAUGGCCCUUGGUGGCAUGGCCUUGACGCCUGCCACUGUCCUAGCCGAAGGACCACCCCAGGAGCACAAGAAAAGGUCCAUUUACGACGACCUCGAUCUGCCUUCGGCUAAUCCCGCACCUCUGUCUCCUCCAGUCACGCAGCCCUCGGCACCUAUUCCUACACCUGUCGACGAGGAUCAACCAAGGCCUCAUGGCCCGACACCUACGGAUCGUCUUGCUGUCCAGAUUGGGCACGCACGCCUUGCUCUGUACCGGGCCGUUGCCGCGACCGAAGUCAAGCUCAACGAGACCAUGGACUCUGCGUUCGACCUCGAGCAAUCCUUCACAAGCACGCUGGCCUCUCUGGCGCCCGGUCGUGAGACUGGAGAGAAGCUGAUGCCCGGGGCCAUCUAUGUCCUCGUGGCGGCCAUGGCCGGCAGCAUCGUCACACGAAACCGCAACAUUGUCCUGCGAGCAACCGUUCCCUUGGCCAUGGGCGUUGGGGCGGGAUGGACGGUUCUGCCCGUGACAAUGCGCAACGUGGCGGAUCACACCUGGAAGUACGAGCAAAAGGUCCCGGCCGUGGCCGACGCGCACCUGCGCGCGCGCGAGAUCCUGCAAAAGUCGGGCAGCUUCGCCAAAGUGCACAAGGACCUAGGCGCACGGUACGUCGACGAGAAGGUCACCGACGCACGAGAAAUAGUCGAGGGUUGGGUCAAGCAAGGGAAGUAG